CCGUUAUUGACACGAACCCGACCUUUUUCCACCUCACGAUAUAAACCCUUGCACCUCCCCUCUCACAGAGCGCUAGGGUUUUUCGAGACGUCAUCGACCCCGCUUUCUUUCGGCGCUUCCCUGUACAACCCUCUACUCGAACUCAUUCGAACUCAUUAUGGCGUGCUUGGAAUCUGAUGCCUCGGAAGGCGAAGUUGAGAGUGAAGGUUGUGCAAAAAAGCAACCUUUUUUUAGGGAUAUAAGGCGCUACAGCUGUGAAUUUUGUGGGAUUAUUAGGUCGAAGAAGUCUCUCAUCCGAUCCCACAUCCUCGCGCAUCACAAGGAUGAAUAUAAGGGUUCACAAAUAUGCGAGGACAGCGAGGAAAAUAUGGCGAGAAAGGACGUUUCUCGUUCUUGUGAGGAAUGUGGCGCAAGUUUCCAGAAACCAGCUCAUCUAAAACAACAUAUGCAAAGCCAUUCCCUUGAGAGGCCCUUCUCUUGCCCGGUCGAAGACUGCCGCCAAAGCUACAGAAGGAAGGACCAUUUGACCCGGCAUUUGCAUACACAUGAGGGAAAACUAUUUGCAUGCACUAUUGAAGGUUGUGAUCGUAGGUUUAAUAUUAAAGCUAACAUGCAGAGACAUGUGAAAGAACGACAUGAAGAUGGGUCUCCAUGUGAAAACAAGAAGCAGUAUGCUUGCAAGGAAUGUGGGAAGACUUUCAAGUAUGCUUCAAAGUUGAGGAAGCAUGAGGACUCACAUGUUUCUACAAUGGAAAAGGUGGAGAAUUUCAAAAGCCAAAGGUUAUGGCUCCUGAAGUCUGGAGCUUUCUGUGUUAAAUUGGAUUGCGUGGAGGUUGUUUGUUGUGAGCCUGGUUGUUUCAAGACGUUCACAAAUGCUGAAUGUCUUAAAGCUCAUGUUCAAUUUUGUCACCAACAUACCCAGUGUGAGAUUUGUGGGACUAAACAAAUGAAGAGAAACAUAAAGCGGCACAAGCGCAAGCAUGAAGGAGUCAUCGUCGCUGAGAGGGUUCAGUGCAGUUUCAAAGAUUGCCACCUCUCAUUUUCAAAUAGGUCAAACCUAAAUAAGCAUAUUAAGGCGUGCCAUGAACAACUUAAGCCAUUUGUCUGUCGAUUGUCUGGGUGCGGUCAGAAGUUCCCCUACAGGCAUGUUAGGGACAAUCAUGAAAAGUCUGGAAGUCAUGUUUAUUUACAAGGUGACUUUUUGGAAGUUGACGAGCAGUCGCAAUCACGGUGUAAGGGCGGGCGGAAGAGGAAAACGUUGUCCGUGGAGACACUCACACGGAAGAGGGUAGCUCCUCCUGGAGAAGCUUCUUGUCUCGACGAUGGAACUGAGUACAUGAGAUGGUUGCUUUCUGGUGACACACAAUGAGUCAAUUACACCUUACGCUAUAGAAUAUGUAUAGUUUUCGUAUAUANAUAUAUAUAUAUAUAAUAUGUAGUGUAUCAAUGUGGGACAUGCAACAUCCAUCUGUGUCUAGUUUCAUCUUGUGGCAUUAUCCCUGCAUGUAUUAGAAAGCUAUAUGCAUAUCAAUUUUUGCGAUAACACGUUAUUUGUCUUUGCACAGCAAUAUUACACCGUUCAGAAAAAGUGAAGUUUUGAGGGGGCGCUUUGAAA